AUGGAUUCGCCUGUAGUUGCGCCUGCAGAGGAGGAUCGAUCGGCUGUAGCAACAGCGGAGGAACCCUCGGCUGUAGCUGCGCCUGCAGAGUCCCCGGUUGUAACAGCACUUGAGAAACCGUCGGUUGUAGCAGCAGCGUCUGCCAAUGUGUCUGAGAAGGUAUCAGAGGCCUGCCAUGUCGUCGUGAACAUGGACUUCGUCACACCCCCGGUUGUAGCCUCACCUGGUGAGAGCUCGGCUGUAGCAGCGGCUGAAAAGGGCAGAGCAGAGCGCGAGGAGGAAAACGAGGAUGGCAGCAAGGGGCGUGGCAUGGGAGAAGGAGCCCAUGCCGGUCCGUCAGUAGCCAAGCAGAAGUUUGAUAGAAGCGGAGGAGAUCUGGUGAGGGUGAGAGGCCAAGAGAGGCGGGCUCUUGAGUCUCGGAUCUUGGAGCUAGAAGGGGAGAAGAGGCGACUGGAGGGCGAGAAGGAGGAGAUGGAGAGGAGUGUGGGAGAGGAGGUGCGGCGGAGGAGGGAGGUGGAGGAGGAGGUGGAGGACCUUAGCGCUGACGUGGUAGGCUACAUGGAGGACCUCCUCCUCCACCAGUCCUGCAUGCUGGCUCGCGAGCGGGCGCGGCGAGCAGAAGCUUCCAGGAAACGAGAAGAAGCAGAGGGGCGGCGGGAAGAGGCCGAGCGGGCCUUGAGGGAGUUUCAGCGGCAGGUGGGAGUUUCGGAGCUGGCUUUGCAGGUUAAGGCGGAAAAUCAGUGGGAGGAUCAGCUUUUGAGGGAGAUUUGCUCAGUGGAGAGAGAUGCAGAGGCGUUGAGGGGAGUGGUGGAGGAGAAAGACGGGGAAUUGGAGAGGCUGAGGGUGGAGGUUUCUAGGAAAGUGGAGCUUUUGAGGCGCGUGCAUGGGCGAGCGAUGAGGAUGAGAGCGGAUGCGAAGGGGACGAUCCGACGGCUGAGAUUGGAGCUGGAGACGGCGCGGGGGUUGCUGGAGAGGCGGGAGGAGAGGGUGAGGGAGAAGGGGAGGGCAUUGAGGGGAGAGAUUAGUGUGUUGGUAAAGGAGCUUGAGGAGAUUAGGGGCGGUAAUGAGGUGGUGGUGGGUGUGUUAGAGGAGGCGAGGAAGGAGGUGGUGGAGGAGAGAAGGGAGAUUGAGAAGGGGAGGAGGGAAGUGGAGGAGGCUGUGAGGGAGGUGCGGAAACGGGAGAAAGGGAAGGUGAAGGAGGAGGAGGGGGAGGAGGGGGAGAAGGAGGGAUCUGCUAAUAGGGAAGGAAAGGAAGGUAGUGAGGAAGAGGGAGGUGCGGCUAAUGGCAGUAGUGGUAUGAGCAAUCUGCUGCUGAUCCAGGAGGAUAUGAGGAGGCGAGAGGAGGAGUUGCAGCGAGAGGCGGAGCAGGUGAGAGAGUGGCUGCACGCGGAGAGGCAGCAGCGCGCCCUCCUGGAGCAGCAGCUGGCGGCACUGGAAGAGCAGAUAGAGCGGUUGAAGGAGGCGCAGAGUGGUGCUGAGGCGACUCAAGAAAAGCAGCUGGCGGAUUUGGAAGGGCAGAUUGAGGGGUUGAAAGCGGCGCGGAAGGGUGUGGUUGAGCAGAUGGAGAGGGAGAGGCGAGAGUGGGUGGAGGAGAGGAAGAGGGAGAGGGUGGGGAGAGAGGAGGAGAGGGAGCGGGCGGAGAGGGAGAUGAAAGAGAGAGUGGAGGAGGAGGGGAGGAGGAGGGAGGUGGAGGUGGAAGUGAGAGAGCUGAAGGAGAGAAUUGGUGGGGAGGAGGAAAGGAGGAGGAAGGCGGAGGAGGAGAGAGAGGGAGUGAGGGAGAGAGUGAGGGAGUUGGAAGCAGAGUUGGUGGGAGUGAGGGAGAGUCUUCAGAAAGUAGAGGAGGAGAGGAGAGGGGCGGAGGAGGGGAGGGUGAGAGAGGGGGAGGAGUGGAAGAGAGAGAAGGAGGAGGUAGAGAAGGAGGUGGAGGAGGAGAGGAGGACGAGAGGGGAUGCGGAGGAGGAGGUGGUGAGGCUGAAGGAGCGUGAAGUGGCUCUGUUGACCGCGUUGACUGAGGAGACUGGGAAGGUGGGGGCGCUGGAGGCUGCUUUGGUGGAGCACGAGGGGAGGAUAUCCUCGAUAGAAGCAGAGGUUCGCUACAAGGAGGUACGUGCUUGUGAGUUGGAAGCGAGGGUUAGGGAGCUGGAGGGGAAGAUUGAGGAAGGUAGGGUUGAGUUUGAGAAGGAAAGGAGGAGGAUGGAAGCGGAGAGGAGAGAGGAGAAUGAGGUGAAGGAGAGGGAGAGGGAGGAAGAGAGGAAGGAGAGGGAGGCAGAGGAGAGGAGGCGAGCUGCAGAGGUGGCAGAGCGAGAGGCGGAACGAGAGGCAGAGAUGAAAGUGAAAGAAGAGGCGAUUCAAAGGCUGGGAGCAGUAGUUAUUGAGCUUAGAGAGAAGACUGGUGAGCUAGAGAAGCAGCGAGGAGAGAAAGAGGAAACGGUGAAGGGAUUAGAGGAGGAAGUGAGAGAGCUUGGGGAUAUGGUUGCAGUGCUGCAGGCUGGAUUAGCUGCGAAACGAGCGGAGCUAGCAGCCAAGGCGGCUGAAACGGAGAGGAUGGGUCAGCUGGAAGAGCAAGUGAGGGACGGGGAGGAGCGAGUGAGGGAGAGAGAGGAGGAGGUGAGGAGGCUUGAGGGGAGAGUGAGGGAGGUGGAGGGGGAGAUGGAGGAUUUGUCUGUGCAGGUGAGUGCGUUGAGAGGGGAGGUGGAGGCGAAGGAGGGGGAGAGGGAGGAGGUUGAGAGGAAGGGGAGGAAGAGGGAAGGGAGGGUGAGGGAAUUGGAGGAGGAGGUUGGGAGGAGGGAGAAGAGGGAGAGGGAGAUGGAGGAGGAAUUGGGUGUGAGGGAGAGGAGGAUUGGGGAGCUUCAGGGGUUGGUGAGGGAGAGGGAGAGUGAGGUGGAAAGGAAGGAGGGGGAGAAGGAGGAGUUGGAGAGGGAAAUGGAAGGAUUGAAGGGAGAGAGGGAGGAAUGGCAGAGGGAGAAAGAGGAACUGGAGAGGCAGAUUGAGGCGUUGCGGAGGGAUAAGGAGGAGUUGAAUGGGGAAUUGGGACGGUUGAAGUGCGAAUUAGAAGGUGUGAAGGGCGAGAGAGAGAAGUGGGAGAAGGAGAAAGAGGUUCUGGAGAGGCAAAUUGAGACGUUGCAAAGGGAGAAGGAGGAGUUGAAGGGGAACUUGGAACGGUUGAAGGGAGCAUUGGAAGGUGUGAUGGGCGAGAAGGAGGAAUCGGAAAGGCAGACUGAGGCAGUGCGGAGGGAGAAGGAGGAAGUGAAGAGGGAAAUUGAGCGACUGAAGGGAGAAUUGGAAGGUCUGAAGGCUGGAAGGGAGGAAUGGGAGAGGGAGAAGGCGGAGAGGGAGGGAAGGCUGCAAACGAGCCGAGCUGAGGUGAGGGAAGCGAAGAAGAAGCGGCAGAUGCUGGAGGAAAGGGUUCAGUUGCUGCAAGAGAGGGUAGUGCAGGUGGAAGGGGAGAGGGAAGAGACGGCAGGGCUGCUUGAAACGUCAGUGGGGGAACUGGAGGAGAAGAAAGAGAUGGCUGGGCAGUUGGGGAAAAGAGUCAACGAACUGGAAGAGCGGGUGAAAUCGCUUCAAGACAGGGUCGUGCAGGUGGAAGGGGAGAGGGACGAGACGGUAGGUGAGCUGGAGAAGAUGGUCUGUGAACUGAAGGAGAAGAAAGAGAUAGUAGGGCAGCUGGAGACGACAGUGAGUGAACUGGAAGUGCGGGCGCAGACGCUUGAAGACAGGGCACGGCAGGUGGAAGGGGAGAGGGCGGAAACGGUGGAGCAUCUGAAGAAGGCUGUGAGUGAAGUGGAGGAGAGGAAAGAGAAAGUUUGUCAGCUAGAGAAGGCAGUAUCUGAGCUGGAGGAGAGGGUGCAGUCUGUGCAGGAGGAGAGGAAGGAAAUCGUGGGGCAGCUGGAGAAGACGGUAUGUGAAUUGCAGGAGAAGAAAGAGAGUGUCUGUGAGCUGGAGAAGACAGUUUCUGAGCUGGAGGAGAAGGUGCAGUCUGUGCAAGAGGAGAGGAAGGAGGUGGUCUACCAGCUGGGUAAUACGACAUUUGAACUGGAGGCGAGGAAAGAGAGAGUGUGCGAGCUGGAGAAGAGAGUUUGCGAGCUUCAGGAGAGGGUGCAGACUGUGCAAGAGGACAGGAAGGAAACGGUAUGUGAGCUGGAGAAGAGGGUUCGCGAGGUGCAGGAGAGGAAGGAUGCGGUAAGUCAGCUGGAGAAGACAGUUUCUGAGCUGCAGGAGAGGUUGCAGUCUGUGCAAGAGGAGAGGAAGGAGACGGUGGGGCAGCUGGAGGUGAGGGCACGCGAGGUGCAGGAGAAAGAAGAGAGAAUGUGUGAGCUGGAGAAGAAAGUUUCUGAGCUGGAGGGGAGGGUGCAGUCUGUGCAAGAGGAGAGGAAGGAGGUGGUCUACCAGCUGGGGAAUACGAAAUUUGAACUGGAGGCGAGGAAAGAGAGAGUGUGCGAGCUGGAUAAGAGGGUUUGCGAGCUUCAGGAGAGGGUGCAGUUCCUGCAAGAGGAGAGGAAGGAGACGGUGGGGCAGCUGGAGGAGAAGAACGAGAGAAUGUGUGAGCUGGAGAAGAGGGUUUGUGAGCUGGAGGAGUCGAUAGGCGAGAUGGAGGAGACGCGGUUGAGGGCUUUUGAGAUGUCUCAAAAGUCGUCUACUUACACGAGGGAGCUGGAGGAGAGGGUUUCUGAGCUGGAGGAGAGGAUAGGCGUGAUGGAGGAGACGCGAUUGAGGGUGGAAGCAGAGAUGAAGGAGAGGGAGGGUGUUGUGCAGGCGAGAGUGGCUGAGUUGGAGAAGGGGGAGGUUGUUUUGCAGGCGAGGAUGGCAGAAUUGGAGGAAAAAGGGACUGUUUUACAGGCGAGAGCGGUUGAGUUGGAGAGGGAGGUGGAGGAGAAGGAUGCUGCUUUGCAGGCAACGGUAGCAGAACUGAAGGAGAAGGGGGAGAUUUCGCAGGCGAGAGUGGUUGAGUUGGAAGGGAAGGAGGUUACUUCACAGGCAAUGAUACUACAACUGGAGGACAAGGAGAGUGCUUUACAGUCGAGGGUGGUAGAGCUGGUAGGAAAGGAGGCUGCUUCACAGGCGACGGUAGCAGAACUGAAGGAGAAAGGGGAGAUUUUGCAGGCGAGAGUGGUUGAGUUGGAGAGGGAGGUGGAGGAGAAGAAGGGUGUUUUGCAGGCGAGAGUUGCGGUACUGGAGAAUGAGGAGACUGUUUUGGCAGCGAUAUUGGAAGAGCUGGAGAAGCAGGGGGGCGUUUUACAGGCGAGAGUUGUUGAGCUGGAAAGGGAAGUGGUUGCUUCACAGGCGACGGUAGCAGAACUGACGGAGAAAGGGGAUAUUUUGCAGGCGAGGGUGGUUGAGUUGGAAAGGGAGGUGGAGGAGGGAAGGGAGGAGGUGGAGAGUGUGAAGCGAGAGAGGGAGGAGGCGAGGGAGAGAGUGUGGGUGGUGGAGAAGGAGAGGGAGUUAGGGGAGGAGGUGAUGGUGGGGUGGAAGAAGGAGGUGGAGGAGAAAGAAGGGGUGGUGGUGGGGUUGAGGGGCGAGUUGACGGAGAAGGAAGAUUCUUUGAAGGAGUUGGAAGGGGUGGUGAUGGGUGUGAGGGGAGAGCUGAAGGAGAAGGAAGGGGAGGUGGUGCGUUUAACAGCAGGUGUGAAGGAGAAGGAAGAGGCUUUGAAGGAAUUGGAAGGGGUGGUGGUGGGUUUGAGGGGGGAGUUGGAGGAGAAGGAAGGGGUGCUGGUGGGGCUGAGGGAAGAACUGAAGGUGAAAGAAGGGGCUGUUACAGCCCUGGAGACAGAUUUGAAGGAGUUGGAAGCGGUGGUGGUGGGUCUUAGGAGCGAGUUGAAGGAGAAGGAAGGCGAGGUGGCACGUUUGGCAGGAGAUGUGAAGGAGAAGGAAGAGGCUUUGAAGGAGUUGGAAAGGGUGGUGGUGGGUUUGAGGGGUGAACUGGAGGUGAAAGAAAGCGAGGUGGCGCGUUUGACAGAAGACCUAAAGGAGCAGGGAGAGACUUUGAAAGGAUUGCAGGGAGAACUGGAAGUGAAAGGAAGUGAGGUGGUGCGUUUGACAGGAGAGGUGAACAAGAAAGAAGAGGCUUUGAAGCAGCUUCAGGGAGAAUUGGAUUCGAAAGAAGAGGCUUUGAAGGAGUGGCAGAGAAAGGUGAAAACACUGGAGGAGGGCGCAGAUGCGGUGGUUAUGGGGUUGAAAGGUGAAGUAGAGGAGUUGAGAGCGGUGGCUGUGGCGUUGAGGAGUGAGGCAGGUGAGAAGGAAGCAGCAGCGGCGAGGCUGAUGGGAAGCCUGAGGAAGGAAAUGGAGGAGAGGAAAGAGGUAGCAGCGAGCUUGGUAAGAAGGUUAAGGGAGGAUGUGGAGGAGAGGGAAGGGGUUGUGAAGCAAUUGCAGGCUGAGUUGAAGGAGAAGGAAUGUGAGGUGGUGGUUUUGACAAGCGAGUUGAAAGAGAAGGAACGUGAGAUGGCGGAUUUGCAAAGAGAGGUUGAGGAGGAGAGGAAGGGCGCGCAGGUGGCAUUGGAACAGAAGGAGGGUGAGUUGAGGGAAAUGGAGAGAAAUCUAGAGGACAAGGAGAAGCAAAUCGUGAUAUUGACUGAGGAAGUGAGCAGUAGGCAGCAAGAGAUAAAAAUGUUGAAGGGAGAUAUGGAGGUGUUGAGAGAGGAAAGUGCAGUGAUGCAAGAGAAGGCUGGUGAGGCGCUGAGAGAGGCGAGGGAGCAGGUGACAGCGCUGGAAGCACAGAUGAGCGGAAAGCAGCAGGAGAUUAGAGUGUUGAAGGGAGAUAUGGAGAUGUUGAGAGAGGAAAGUGCAGUGCUGCAAGAGAAGGCUGGUGAGAGUCUGAGAGAAGCGAGGGAGCAGGUGAUAGCGCUGGAGGCACAGGUUGAGGAAGGGAGAAGGCAGUUGGAGGAGAGUGUUGAGGAGGGUCGAAAGGCGAGAGAACAGGUGGCAGCGCUACAGGCACAGGUAGAGGAGGGGAGGAGGCAGCUGGAGGAGAAGAGGCAGCAGUUGGAGGAGGCGCUAGAGGAGGGUCGAAAGGCAAGGGAGCAGGUGGGAGCGCUACAGACACAGGUGGAGGAGGGGAGGCGACAGUUGGAGGAGAAGAGGCAGCUGUUGGAAGAGAGGCAGCAGCAGUUAGGGGAGACUCUUUGGGAGCUUCGAAAGGAGAGGGAGGAGAUUCAGGUGGUUCGAUCACAGGCUGAGGAGCAGAAGGGAGUUGUGCGGGAGAAAGAGGCAAUGGUGUUGGUGCGGGAUGCCAAGAUUCUCGUGCUGGAGUCGGCAGUGGAAGGGAAGGGCAGGCAGGUGUAUGCGCUGCAGGGCGAGGUGGCAGAGAAAGAGGGACAUAUUUCCUCUUUACAAGCAGAGAGAGAAGAGAGCGUGGGGCAAAUGGGGGUGCGGGAUGCAAAGAUUCUGGUGCUGGAGUCGGCUGUGGAAGGGAAGGGCCGGCAGGUGUAUGCUCUGCAGGGGGAGGUGGCAGAGAGGGUGAGGCAAGUUAGUGGGCUGCAGGCGAGAGUGGAUGAGAAGGAAGGACAAAUAUCCUCGUUACAAGCUGAGUUGGAAGAUGGGGUGAGGCAAAUGGAGGUGUUGCGGGCAUGUGUGCAGGAGAAGGAGGAGCAGGUGUCCUCGUUACAUGCUCAACUAGAAGAGAGGGUUAAGCAAAUGGGGGUGCUGCAGGCGAGUUUGCAGGGGAAGGAGGAGCAAGUAUCCUCGUUACAAGCUGAGUUGGAAGAGAGGGUGAGGGAAGGGAGUGGGCUACAAGCAAGGGUAGAUGAGAAGGAGGGGCAGGUAUCCGCGUUACAAGCAGAGGUGGAAGAGAGGGUCAGGGAAGUGAGUGGGCUGCAGGCGAGUGUGCAGGAGAAGAGGGUGGAGAUAUCCUCGUUACAAGCUGAGUUGAAAGAUGGGGUGAGGCAAAUGGGAGUGUUACAGGCGAGUGUGCAGGAAAGGGGGGAGCAGGUAUCCUCGUUACAAGCCCAACUAGAAGAGAGGGUUAAGCAGAUGGGGGUGCUGCAGGCGAGUGCAGGUGAGAAGGAGGAGCAGGUAUCCUCGUUACAGGCUGAGUUGGAAGAGAAGGUGAGGCAAAUGGGGACACUACAGGCAAGUGUGCAGGAGAAGGAGGAGCAAGCAUCCUCGUUACAAGCAGGACUAGGAGAGAAAGAGCGGCAGACGAAAGUGCUGGAGAAGCAAGUGGAAGAGAGUGUGAUGCAAGCUGCUGCGUUACAAGCAGGAGUAGAAGAGAGGGAGGAGCAGAUAUCCUCGUUACAAGCAGGAGUAGAGGAUAGGGAAAGGCAGAUGUCCGCGUUGCAAGCAGAGGUUGAAGAAAGGGAAAAGCAACUAUUUGCGUUACAAGCAGGAGUUGAGGAGAGGGAAAAGCAGAUAUCCGCGUUACAAGCAGGAAUGGAAGAGAAGGAGCAGCAGGUAUUGGCUCUCGUGCAAGAGAAGAAGCAGCAGAUAGUGGCGCUGCAGAGAGAGAGGGCUGAGAGGGAGCUUGCUGCAAGAAUCGAGGAAAUGUCUCGGCUGCAGAAGGAAAAGGAAGAGCUGUUGAGAGCGGUUGAAGAGCUGGAGGUGAGGGUGAGGGAUAGGGAGGAGGAGCAGCAGCAGGUGCUGGCAUUGCAGGCGUGUGUGCGAGAGAAGGAGCAGCAAAUAGUGGUGCUGCGGAGGGAGAAGGAGGAGACGUUGAGAGCGGUUGCAGAGCUGGAGGUGAGGGUGAAGGAGAUGGAGCAGAAGGAGCAGCAGGUGUUGGCACUGCAGGCGUGUGUGCAAGAGAAGGAGGAGCAUAUCGUGGUGUUGCAGAGAGAGAGGGCGGAGUGGGAGGAGAGAGUGGGAACGGUGCAAUGUGAGGCGCAGGGGAAGGUGAGGGAGAUGGAGGAGAAGGAGCAGCAGGUGUUGGCGCUCCAGAGAGAGAUGGCGGGGUGGAAGGAGAGAGUGGGAGUGGUGCAAUGUGAGGUGGAGGAGAAAGUGAGGGAGAUGGAGGGGCUAGUUGCUGAGGUGGAACGACUGGCUGGUGAGGUGGAAUGGCUCUAUGCUGAGCUGGAAAAGGAGCGCAAGCCGAAGCGUGUCUUGGAUGCUGAGCUGGCACGUGUGGUUAAAGCGAAGGAGGGUUUAGAAAAGGAGGUGAUGGAUUUGAAAAAGAGAGUCAAGGAAAUUGAGAGGGAGAGUGAAAAGGCGAGAAAAGAGGGAGAGAGGGAGAGGAAGAGGUUAGGCAAGGAAUGUGAGAGUGAGCGUGUGAAAAACGUGAAAGCGAGUGAGGAGCUGAGUAAAAGAGUGCAGGAGCUUUCUGCUUUCAAGACAGAGAGGGAAAGGCUUGUGAGAGAGUGUAAGGAAUUUAAGGAAGAAGCGAGGAAGCUUCGAGAGCAAGUGCAGGUGCUUACUGCUGAAGGGGAGGUGUUAUCUGAGAGGGUUGGGGUUGCAGAGAGGAGGGUGGAGGAGGAGAGGGGGAGGAGGGAGGAGGUGGAGAGGGAGAGGGAGAGUGUGAGGGAGGAGCUGGAAGAGGGUUUGAGGGGAGUGAGGGAGAUGGGGGGGAGAGUAGAGGAGAUGGAAGGGGAAGUGAGUGUGUUACAGAGACAGAUGGAAAAGGCAGAGGAGAGGAGAGAGGAGGCUGAGAGGGAGAGGGGUAAUGUAGAGAGGGAUAUGGAGAUGUUAGUCAAACGGUUGAGAGAGGAGGAGAGGAGUGUGAGGGAGGGAGAGGAGGAGGUGGAGCGAGUGAAAAGGGAGUGGGUGGAGAGUGAAGGGGAGAGGAUGAGGCUGAUGAGGGAGGUGGGUGGACUGGAGGAAAGAGUGAGGGAGCGAGAGGAGGAGUUGGAAGGGGUGAGGAGGGAGAGGGAUGGGUGGAGAAGGGUGGUGGUUAGACUGAAAGAGAAUCUAGUAAGGGAAGGAGCAGGGCAAGGAGAAAGGGUGCAAGUGGUUAAGGAGGGGGUGGGGAAAGAGGAGGGGCAAGGCGAAGCAGUGAGGAGGCAGAUGGAAGAGGGGAUUUGGGCGCUUGUCCGAGCUAAUGCUGACGCUGCCAGAGCUUAUGCUGACGCUGCGAGGGCUAAUGCUGAUGCAGCGAGGGCUGAUGCUGACGCUGCGAGGGCGGAGGCUGAUGCGGCAAGAGCUGAUGCUGACGUGGUCAACAGAAGGCUUCAGGAGGUUGUAGCAGAAGCUGAAGCUGCACGCAAGGCGGCUGUAGCAGCUGAAGCUGCAAGGAUGGCGUCUGUAGCAGAGGCUGUAGCAGAAACUGUCGCUGCACGGAAGCAGGUUAUAGCUCUGGGGGAGGAGGUGGAGAGAGUGAGGGAGGGAGCGAGGGAGCGAGUGAGGGAGUUGGAGGUAGAGAUUGAGAGAGUGAGUGAGAGGCUUGGGAAGGCUGAGAAGGAGGUGAGGGAGAAGGAGGGGGAGGUGGAGAGACAAAGGGAGGAGCUAAGAGUAAAAGAGGAGGAGCUGGAAGUGAGGUGCAAAGAGGUACAAGAGAAGGGCAAAGAGGUAGAGGAACAGAUGGGUGUUGUGGAAGAAACGAAGAUGAUUGUAUUGAGGAAAGAGGAGGAGUUAGAAAUGAGGGGCAAGGAGGUUGAAGAGAGGAGCAACGAGGUUGAGAGACUGAUGGGGCUUGUGGAAGAAACGAAGAUGCUUGUAACGAGGAAAGAGGCGGAGUUGGGAGUGAGGGGCAAAGAGGUGAAUGAAUUGACAGGGCUUGUGGACGAAGCGAAGAUGCUUGUAGCGAGGACAGAGGAGGAGGGCAGGAUGGCACGGAUAGUGCUGGAAGGAACAGUUGUUAGCUUAAAAGAGGAGGUAGAGAGGGUUGCAGGAGAGGGGUUGGAAGCGGUGGAGAGGGUUAGAGAGGAGGGUAGGGAGGAAGUAGAGAGGGUUAGGGAGGAGGGUAGGGAGGAGAUUGAGAGGGUUAGGGAGGAGGGUAACGAGGAGGUUGAGAGAGUGAGGCAGCAGGCUUGGAAACAGGUGUCGGAGGCUUGGCAAAAGGCUCGGGAGGAGGUGGAACUGGUUAGGGAGCAGCUGGAGCAGGUUCGGGAGCAGCUGCGGAGGGAGGUGGUAUCCAGACAGGUGGAGACUGAGCAGAGGGUUGUGGCAGAGGGGAGGUUGCGGGAGAUUGAGGAGAGAGUGAGGGAGAUGGAGAGGGAGAGGAGGGAGGUGGAAGGGGAGGUUGAGAGGGAGAGGAGGGAGUGGGAGGAGAAGGAGAGGGAGAUGAGAGAAGAGUGGGAGGAGAAGAGGUGUGGGAUGGAAGUGCUGGUGAGGCAGGUUGAGGAGAUGUGGAGGGGGAGGGUGGAGGAAGGGGAGAGGGAGAGGGAAAGGGAGAGGGAGAGGAGGGAGGCGGAGUGGGUGGAGGAGAGGGGGAUGUUGGUUGAGGAAGUGGAGAGGGAGAAGGAGAGAGUAAGGGAGGAGGGGGAGGAGAGUGAGAGAGUGAGGAAAGAGGUGGAACAAGAGAGGGAGAGAGCUCUGGCAGAUGUGGACAGGGAGUGGGAGGAAGUGAGGGAGCAGAGGGAGAGAGCGAGGGAGGAGGUGGAGAGAGUGCAGAAGGAGAGGGAGAAACUGAGGAAGGAGGUGGAGCGGGAGAAGGAGGAAGUGAGAAAUCAACUGGAAAUGGAUAGGAAGAGGUUAAUGGAUGAUUUGGAGGAAAGAGAGAGGAAGUUGAAAGAGGCAGAGGGGAAGUGGAAGGAGGGGAGGAUGGAGGAAGAGAAGGCGGAGGAAACAGUAGGGGAGGAGGUGGGGACGAAUGGGGGGAAAGAGGAGGGGAAGAAGGGCGAGAAGAGAGAAGAUGAAGAGGUGACGCAGCAAGGAGGUGACGAGGAGGGAAGAGGAGAGGUGGCAGCGAGAGAAGCGGCACAGAGGGACUGGAGGGAGCGAGAGAGGGAAUGGCAAGCGAGGGAAGAGGAGUGGGGGAGGAGGACCUUGGAGUGGACAGGGCAAGUGAAGGCGCUGGGUGCUCAGUGGAAGGGGCUUGUGCAGCGAGAGCGGCGAGCGAGAGUGCGCGAGCAGCGGGCCAGAGAGGAGGAGAGGAGAGCGAGAGAGGAGGAGAGGAAGGCUAGGGAGGAGGAGAGGAGGCAAGGGAGUGAAGGGUGUGUGAUAGGAAAGGAGCAGGUGAAGGAGCUGGGGGCGCAUAUCACCAGCAUGGAGUCCGUCUGUGGAAGGUUCCAGAAAGCCCUGGCGGCCAAGGCCAAACAAGUGGAGGAGGAGCGGAGGCGGGUGGAGGGGAUGGUGCUGCAGGUGGAGCAAGAGAGGGCUGCGCGGGAUGCUGCACUGAAGACGCUUAUAACAGGGAUGGAGAAGCGCGAUGUUGCGCUGAGUGAGCCGUAUGCAUCAGUGGAUGCAGCAGCAGCGCAGGCCUUUGCAUGGCACGACUCUCAGUUGGAGGCCUUGACCCGCCGCGCUGCUCACAUGCUGCAUGCCGGCUCCACUUCUGCUGCAGCGAUGCCAACAGCAGCAGCACGUGCAACAACACCAGGAGCUCCUGCAGGAGCAGGAGCGACAGGUUCAAUAGCAGCAAGAGCAGUAUCAGUGGGGGCAGCACCAGCAGCAGCAACAACCGGGGCAGCACAAGCAGCGCUGCCUAACUCUCCUCCACCGGUCUCUUCCUCCCCUUUCUCUCCUCCAACUUCCUCUCUCUCCUCCUCCCUUUCCUCCUCCCUCUCCCACUCCCUCUCCGCCUGGUCUCUCUCCCACCCUCCCUCCGCCUCCGCCUCCUCUCAGUGCCUCUCUGCCUCCACCCCCUCGCUAUACAUGGAUGGGGGCCACGGUCAGAAAAGGUCUUCGGAACCAUGUGCUACAGGGGCAGUUAAUGGGGCUGGUGGUGCAGGUGCAGGGGCAGGUGGUGGGGCAGGUGGCGAGGCAGGCACGAGUCAUCAAACAGCAGCUCAAUCAGAGAGCAGUGGAAGCAGCCCUGAGCAGAGGCGUCCAAUGAGCCGAAUCAGCCCGGGCAAGCACGCGAGCCCAAGGCCGGAGCACAGGGGGGGACACGUCAUUCCCCAUGACGCCACCCUCCCCACGGGCCUGUGGGAUUUCUUUGCAGGCACGUCAGCAGGCCCACCGCUGCCGCUGUCAGUGGUGGCUGACUGGGGUGUGGCGGGAAGACGGCAGCACAAGUGGAUGGUGGAUGGCGUGUGGAUGGAGGUGUCGAGAAAGGUAAGCAGCAUGUGUGCUGUGACGUCUCAGCACCAGUAA